AGGAUACAGGCUCAAGUUUGCGGAUCACGGCAAACCGGAGGAAAGUGCGCCAUGAAAGUGAAGGCCUAUGAGCUGCGGAACAAGACCUCCAAGGAGCUCCUCAAGGAGCUGGAUGAAAUGAAGAGCGAGUUGGCGCAGCUCCGCGUGGCCAAGGUCUCGGGGGGAGCUGCCUCCAAGCUGGCCAAGAUCAAGACGGUGCGCAAGGCCAUCGCACGGAUCCUCACGGUGUACAACCAGAAGCAGAAGGCCGAAGCCCGUAAGCAGUACAAGGGCAAGAAAUAUAUGCCCUUGGACCUGCGCCCCAAGAAGACCCGAAAGAUUCGUCAAGCCUUGAAGGCCGAGCAGAAGUAUGCAAAGACGGCGCGAACGAAGACCAGGGAGAGCAAUUUCCCCAUGCGGCGCUUUGCGGUCUCAAUGUAGUGUUGGAGUGAAGGGAAGCCGCAAACAGACUCGCUUGCAUUCGAGCCAGAAAAGAAAGAGCGUUGACUUUACAGUUUUUACUCCAAGUUGCGCGUUUUUCAUCAACUGCCCCGUGCUGUCGGACAUGUUGACUUGAUGCCAACCCAA